AUGCAAAAGGUGCAAGGACCGCCGCACCAGGUUGCUCUCCCUCCACCGUAUGACAAGAUCCCUCCGGCUUUCCAAACCAAUGUCGUAAUCUCCGAUAUUCGCGAUGACAGUCAGAAAGAGGCUGAGUAUCGCGAAAAUUUCGCCGACUAUUUGGUCUUCCGCUUCGAAAAACUCAAUGAUCCGGGAGACGUCGAUGAGGGAGGUAACCGUAGAAAGCCCAACUGGGAAAAGGCAACUAGGACAAGAGUUGAAAUGUCAAAGGAGGCCGCCGCGGGCGAAGUCUUCCGAUUGAAGCAUAAACACCGCCAGCUCUGGGAGAAGAAGCACGCCCUAGAGCCGGCCCAACGACUGCACCUCGACCAGACCCUGCAGCUGCUCCAGGAAGUGCCACCACAAGACCAAAGGCCACGGCUUCUCAGGACAGUCGAGGAAGAGGCCCGGGAGAACAACCGCAAGCGGGAGCAGCUAUCCAUUACUGCCUUCUAUAAGCGACUUCUUCGACCCGAAUUGAAUGCCAUCGACAUGAUGAUGAUACAGCAGAACCUGCCAACACAGCGUCCACAUGCCAGCGAGGCAACGAUGUUCCUGCCGCAGGGUCUCUACGCCCGGCAGCAGGCCCAUGCUCAAGCGCAACGUGGCCCGCCUGGAACACGUAUACACCCGCAGGCGUUGGCUCAACCUCAGCACCAGCGCAUAGAGAAGCGCACAGAGACACAGGCACAACGGCAGGCACCGCCACUGGGGCCAGGGCAAGGCCAAGCUCGAGAUCAGGGCCAACAAUCAAAUGCUCCGCCUGGGCCGCCCGUGGCACAGCAUGGUGGCGUACAGCAGCAAAGUCCGCACAACGGCCCUUCUACUAAAGUUUCACCUCAGACUCAGAGCCAAUUUGUGCAGGCUGGGCAACGCCAUCAACAGGGUGUGGCGCAGAAAAAGCCCAAUAACAGCGUCAACAUGCGCGAUUCCAGUGGCCACCGAGCGUCCGGAACGGAUCAUCGAUGCCGUCCAGCAGCAAAUCAUUCAAGGUCUCCUUCCACAUCAUCAUCGUUCUCGAGUAGCUCCAGUGAGGGAUCUCGGUAUACCCCCACAUCAUCAUCUCUCUCGGGCGUGUCGCGACACACAGGUCGUGGGCGCCAAAGAAAUCGCAGCCGAGGGCGUCGGAGCCGCACCCGAAGCCAAAGUCCAAACCGUAAGCGACAUUCUCAUCAACAUCGUGAAACUCCGGAGGAUUACGGCAUCGGGGCGUCUCGGAGCCAUCAUCGGCAAGAACGACAAUACCUGUCAGACACAGUGGCGCAGGGUGUAGCUUCGAUCUCUCAUUCGACACAGCCGCCGAGCCAUGGGCCAUCGCAAGCGGCAAUACGGUUGGCAACAGACGAAGCUUAUCGUGCAGGCAUGGCCAGAGGUCGGGCCUCCGCAAGAGCACUAGAAGGACGUGCCGUGGACGGCGUUGGCUAUGCGCACCGUGUGAUCGGUGCAUCUGGAAGACGACCAGAUGUCAUUCGAUCAGGCGUACGUCUAGUCGAGCCUAGAGAUAUUACGCGACGUCGAACGAUGGAAGAAGAGCUCGAUCGAUUAAAUCAAUUGCGGAUCGAAAACGACAUGAGGCUCGACGGCAGCUUUGAGUUAAGAAAUGGGCCUCACUUCGACGAGAGAGUGCAAUACGACAGGAGGCAACACUUUGAUGGGGAGGCGGCGUUCGUGAGAGAUGUGGAAUGUGGUGAGCUGAGGCGGCAAUUGACGCCAGAACAGCAACUCUGGCCCCAGCAAGAGGCGGAUUACGAUAUUAUGGCCCCGGUAGUGGAGAGUGAGAGGAUGCGACAGGGCCGUGUGCCCCCGGGGCCGGUGAAGAGCGUCGGGGCGAAUAUCUCGAGGUCCCUGGGUACACAGGGGCCAUUCCCCUAUGGCAACGCAGCCUAUGACGGUUGA